AUGUCCUGCUACGACCUGUGUCCCACCACCAGCUGCGGCAUCGCCCGCCCCCAGCCCCUGGCCGACAGCUGCAACGAGCCCUGCGUGCGGCAGUGCCCUGACUCCACCACCGUCAUCCAGCCUCCUCCCGUGGUGGUCACCCUCCCCGGCCCCAUCCUCAGCAACUCCCCACAGAACUCCUUUGUGGGCUCCUCUGGAGCUCCAGUGCUUGGUGGUUAUGGAGGCUCCUCCUUGGGCUACGGGGGCUUCUAUGGAGGUUAUGGAGGUUCCUCCUUGGGCUAUGGGGGUCUCUAUGGUGGUUUUGGAGGCUCCUCCCUGGGCUAUGGAGGCUCCCUGGGCUAUGGAGGCUCCCUGGGCUAUGGAGGAUACUUGGGUUGCGGAGGCCUGUAUGGAUACGGAAGAUCCUACGGGGCUGGAUACUGGGGCCCUUACUCCUACCGGUACAACAGGUACCGCCGUGGCAGCUGUGGACCUUGCUAA